GGAAUUCAAACUCGGAACUCGGGCCUCUUUCUAGAGCUUUGACUUUCGGACCUGAAUAUCACUGACGUGAUGAUUCCCAGUUAUUUUGAACGGGGCAAAUGACGACAUACCAGUGAAACGAAAGGGGAAGUGAAGUGACUCGCUAGCUAGAUACCGAUCAAAUCUUACCUACUGUCGUAAGAACAUUUACAUUACAACUUAUAAGCCAUGGACGCAUGCGAUGAGAAGAUGUACUUCAUCAUCAUUGAGAAACCUGCGUUUUCCAUCAAGCACACCAAUGAUGGCCACAUCUGCUACAUCCAGGAGAGCAGGUACAUGUCAAGGUUCAGCAGAUCUGAAACUCUGGAGGAAUUGCCUGUCAUCUUAAUGGGCUCCAGUUUUGACAAGGACCUGAAUGUAAACCACCUAAAAUCAGUGACCGCUAAGGAGGCAGAGCUGCUGGAAGCCCUAGGACAGGACUCAGAGAGACUGAAGUGGUAUUUAGAGAGGGAUGCUUUGGAUACAGCCCUGGGUUUAACUAAGGAUACACCUGUCACUGUGGAGAUGGAAGGGAAGUGGCUGCGUGGAAUUGUACGCUACGUCGGAAGGAUGACAGAGCCAAAAUACCCAGACCCCAUCGUAGGAACCUUCUUUGGCAUCGAACUACAGGGAGAAGACAGAGGAAAGGGACUGAGCGAUGGGACAUAUCUGUCCAAAACCCUAUUCUCCUGCAAGAGAGACUGUGGGGUUUUUGCUCCAUUUUCCAGAGUGAAACCCGUGGUUUCCAAACCCAAAGUGGUGUCCAAGUGUCUGACCUUUCCAGCAGACCAGCCGUCCCCGCAACCGUUCCCCCAACAGGCCCACCAUCAGCCCCUCUCCACCGGAGACAGAGUCACCUUCUUCAUGGACGAGGACAUCCGCCAUGGCAUGGUGAUGGAUCUGGAGAAGAAGGAGGACAGGACCUUAGUCAUCAUCUCUACUGACCGGGAUGAGAAGAUCACCAUACCGCUGGAGAGCGUCAUCAAGGGGGAACUGCUUCAAUAUGAGCCUGAGCCUAUGGAAACGGAUAAGGUCAUUAUGCCUAUGGCGGAGGUUCACCCCUUGGGGCUCGGUGUAGACUCUCUGGUGGAGGUGACUCUGGCUAUAGGACCUGGCUAUGGAACCAUCCGCUGGAUAGGCACUCUGCCUGGGCAGAAAGGAACCUACGCUGGACUGGAGCUGGAGGAUGGGUACACUGGGGUUAGUGAUGGUACAUUUAAAGACCAUCGGUUCUUCAGCUGUCUUCCUAGACAAGGUCUCUUCGUCAAGCUUCUAUCCUGCCGGCCUGACUCCCGCUUCCAGGGGGCAGCAGCCAAUCAGAAUGAGAGGGCAUCCGCCAAUGUGCUUAAAGAGAGACAGCUGGUCCGCAGCCCUGGGGCACUCCCCUCCUCCCCCAUCGCCUCUGAGCAGGUCGAGAGGAUGCUGAUUGGUCGAAUGAAGGGGAUCCAGGGCCAUAUAAACUCCUGCUACAUGGACUCUGCCCUCUUCAGUCUGUUCUCCUGUUCCUCAGUGUUGGACUCCCUGCUGUUUAAGUCAACAGAGCCGAGGGAUGCCCCCAUCCAGAGUACCCUGCUACAUGACAUCGUCAACCCCCUCCGCAGUAAAGGCUUUGUGGAAGGGAGACACAUUAUGAAGCUUCGUCAGCAGCUGCAGGAGCUUGGCUACUGCCACACAUUCACCACAGAGGAGAAAGAUCCAGAGGAGUUUCUUACCCUCAUCAUGCACCAUAUUUUCUGUCUGGAUCCUCUCCUCAAACUGUCAGCUGGGGGUAAGGUCCAGGAGAGUUACUGUUAUCAAAUUUUCCUUGAUAACAACCACAGCCUGCUUCUACCUACUGUCCAACAACUACUGGAACACUCCUUCCACAACGCAGCACUCAAAAUGGCAGAGGUGCCAUCUUGUCUGAUCCUCCAGAUGCCUCGCUUUGGGAAGAAGUUCAAGAUGUUUCAGAAGAUCAUCCCUUCACUGGAGCUGGACAUCACUGACCUCCUCUCUGAAGGUCCCCAGCAGUGUGUGUUGUGUGGCCAGCUGGCGAAUGAGGAGUGUGUGGAAUGCUUCAGAGACCCAGUCUUCAGCAGGACAGGAUUUAAAGUGUUCUGCAGGACCUGCUCCUCUCAGGUGCACUCUCACCCCGAGCGGCUGUCCCACGGCCCCUCCCCCCUGCAGCUCCCUGAGGGUUACCCUGUCCCCACUGCCCUUCGAGCCCCACCCCCUGCCCCACCCAGAGAGAGACUGGAGCUGUUUGCAGUGCUGUGCAUAGAGACCAGUCACUAUGUCUCAUUCAUCAAACACGGACCAAACAGCACAGACUGGAUCUUCUUUGACAGCAUGGCUGACAGACAGGGAGAGAGGGAUGGCUUCAACAUUCCCCAGGUGGAGGCAUGUCCAGAGGUUGGCAUGUACCUGGACAUGUCACCUGCUGAGAUGGCCAAUCAGGUGCCUCGGGACAUGAAGGGCGUGGCUAAGCGUCUGUUCUGUGAUGCCUACAUGUACCUGUACCAGAGUACCAGCAUGAGCCUCUACCGCUGACAGGAGGGGAGGGACCAUCUGGGUAAUUCCACACCUCAAAAUUGAGAGUUUUACAACUAUUGUACUACUUGCCUGUAAGUUAAAAGGGAUGGGAUCUCUAUUCACUGCUUAUACUGUCCAAAUUGCCUUAUGAUAUACUAUAUGUAUAUUCGCUACCGGUCAACAGUUUUAAAACACCUACUCAUUCAAGGGUUUUUCUUUAUUUUUUUACUAUUUUCAACA